UUGGCUGGGGAAGCGAUCAAGGGAUUGGAGGAUUUGGAGAGGAACCAGGAAUUAAAGCACAGCUAACGAACCUUAUUCGAUCUGUACGAACCGUUAUGAGAGUGCCGUUAAUAGCAGUGAACUCCGUUACAAUCGUUCUCCUGUUGUUGUUUGGUUGA